AUGAAAGAUCGCCUUAUCAAGUUUAAUAUGACCUUUCUCCGAGACCAAUCAAGAAGUGCUUUCUCACCUAGAUACCGAUUAAUUUCGUGGACAGCGAUCGAAUUUCAGCUUUUACUAUAUCGGGACCAGCCAGAGCUUGCGAUUGUCAUAACAAAGAUGAGGCUCCAACUGUGCGUUUUUGUAGUUGCUGCAUUUUUUGUUGGUAUUCUUAAAACAGAGGACUGCCAGAUACUCUCUAGCUGUAUAGACACCGUGUGUAACCACCACACUAACCUGGAAUGUGUUCAUGGUAUAUGCACCUGUUCACCGCCACCAUACAACAUACGGUGUUUGGAUAAAGGAGACUGCGAUAGACACUCCUAUGAUUGUAGCACAGACUGGAAGUGCAUCAACAGCCAGUGUAGAUGUGGAAACUGAGCAAUCGGGAGAUCAUAGGGGUAAAAUAAUAGUGAUGGAUUGUGCAAUUUAAAAGAAAAACAGGUUGAAUAGUCAACAUUUCUUUGACGCAUUUUCUAAUUACUUUACACAUUAUUUUGUCCUUGGUUUGCCUUUGAAUUAUUACCCCUAUUGUUUUUACGUAGGUGGAGAGUUUGAAAAUGUGCUGGCAAACUGUCAACAAGAAACAUGAGAUUGCAACCGAUUCUGUCAUUUAAAUGUCUUAUCUCGUUUUAGAAAUAAAUCAAAAUAAUUUUA